GAUGGAUACAUCAUCGUCUAUUCAAUCAUCGACCGUAGAAGUUACCAGAAAGCAGUCGAAAUUUUGUACAGUAUCAGGGAGUCCAAUGACAAACCGAUAAUUGUCGUGGCAAACAAAAGUGAUCUAGAAAGAUCUAGGAUUGUCGGGAAAGAAGAGGGCAGAACUUUGGCAGAGAUGUACAACAGCAAGUACAUUGACGUGUCGGCCAUCUUGAAUCACAAGGUCGAUGACCUCUUGGUUGGAAUCCUCAAACAAGUGAGACUCAACCAGCAGAACGCUGCUCUCCUC